GCGCUGUGUGACGGUGUCGCUGCCCCUUCCCGGCGCGGCCUCUUCUCCCUGCGCCACAGCCGCCGCCGCAGCCGGCGGGCGCAGGAAGGCGGCCGAGGCGAUCGCCAUGGCGCUGCCGGUGCUGUCGAGCUCGGGGGUGAAAUUCCGGCGGGUCCUGGCGCACUUCCCCCAGGAGCUCAGCCUGGCCUUCGCCUACGGCUCUGGCGUCUUUCGGCAGGCGGGGCCCUCGGCCGGGCACAGCGAGAACAAUAUGCUGGACUUCGUAUUUGCAGUUGAUGAUUCUGUGACCUGGCAUAUGAUGAACUUAUUAAAGAACAAGAGUCAUUAUUCCUUCCUAAAAGUUUUUGGGCCAAAACAGAUAAGUAAUAUACAGAGCUAUGGAGCAGGGAUUUACUACAAUACUUUAGUGCCAUGUAAUGGUAGGAAUUUCUGGAGUUGGCUGCCUUGCUUUGGUGAUAAUCUUUGGAAACUCAGGAUGUGCAAACUGAUGAUAAAAUAUGGUGUAAUUAGCACCGAUGCCCUGAUUGAUGAUUUACUUCACUGGAGAACCCUCUAUGUUGCUGGACGCCUACAAAAGCCGGUGAAAAUACUGACACAGAAUGAGAAUGGCAAGCUGCAAGCUGCUCUUGUUAGCAAUCUGAAGAGUGCAGUCACAGCAGCCUUUCUCAUGUUACCAGAAAGUUUCUCUGAAGAAGACCUCUAUAUGCAGAUUGCAGGACUCUCCUAUUCUGGUGACUUCAGAAUGAUCAUAGGAGAAGACAGGUCGAAAGUGCAGAACAUUGUGAAACCUAAUGUUCCCUAUUUUCAGAAGCUGUACAGUAACAUAUUGCAGGACUGCCCUCAAGUGGUGUAUAAGCACCAUCUGGGAAGGCUAGAGAUUGAUAAAAGCCCGGAAGGUCAAUUCACACAACUCAUGGCUUUGCCAAAGAAUCUGCAACAAAAGGUAACUUCUCUGGUAGACCCUCCUGGAAAAAACAGAGACGUGGAAGAAAUUUUACUGCAAGUUGCCCAUGACCCUGAUUGUGGAUUAGUGGUGCAUCAAGGCAUUUCAGGAAUUGUGAGAUCUUCCAGUAUAGUGCAAAGUGCUAAAACCAUACUAACAGCCGUUCUGCCAGAACCUGGCUGAAACUGAGGAACUGAAUUCAGGAUUGAUCUCUUCAGGUUACUUGAAGACUAUAUGCUGAGGGAGACAAGUUAGCACUGGUCCUUCUUCAAAUCUGGCAUUUCCUAGCUCCUGAACAUUGUUUAAUGAAUGUAGAGGUAGCCUUCCUGAGCACUGCUGUGCAGACCACCCUGGCUGGAGAAGGGGUGUCCUGCUCCCCUGGUUAGCAUCAAUCAGAAGCGUCUGUAAUGGGUGCAGCUGCACCCGAAACGGGUAUUUCUUCCUUUGCUAAUCUGGACACUGCUACUUUCCCGAGCAGCCUGCAGGGCGGCCUUACCAGAACCUCAUCAGUUUCAUAUACUGAAGAUGGACAGAAUCACAGAAGUAGUAGUUAUGUAAAUAAAACUCUAAAUUUUAGUGCAUGUUAAUGAAGAAAUAAAAUGUAACUGACCAAGUUCGUGGUGUCAUUUUUUCAUACUGAAGGUUUUUAUCAUCUUCAGUGAUUUAUCCCAGGAAUUCAGGUUUCCAUUUGUUUGGGCUUAGUUAGCCUAGAGGUAGAAGCCUUUUGCUUUGGGGUGUUUUUUUUUUUUUAAUAUUUCUCUCCAGACUUUCAUGAUUGAGUCUGUCUGAAGUCUUGCUGUAUCUUCAAAUGAAGAUCUCUCAGUCGCGGUUUCUUAAUUUAAAACACUUGUCGCUAGGGGGCAGGCGUUAAUGCUGUUCACGUUGCUUCGCCCUUUGUUGGGGCUUUUAUCAGCUACCACUCAUGUAGGUACACACUGUACACAGACAAAACAGUGUGGCUUCUAUGUAGAAAGUAUUUCUUUGACUCAUGGAAGAAGUGUGUUUCAUAGGAAGGUGUUCAGCUAUUAAAUUUAAUCUCUAGGGAUGCUGCAUUUCUUUCUUCAUUCUUUAACCAAAUCUUGUCUAAUGUUCUGUUCCCCUGAGAACUAUUUUUACACUGCCUCAUAGAGACUUCAUGAGAAGUAAUGUGGUUCUUCAUUUUUUUAUUCAUCUGCUCUGUUCUUUUGUAAUGCUUAUGUUAAGAAUACUAGCUAAGAUGCAAGAGAAUUAUGAAAGGAUCGUGAAAUCAGUGCUUCCAUUAAAUAAGCUCUGCCUAUUUUUUUCUUUGUUCCUGGUAACUAUAUAAGUACUUUUGUCCUAUGUAUGCAUGUGAAAGAACUAAUUUUCAAUCUGUGGCCAUCAUUUUUUUUUUUGAAAUGUUUAGAGGGACACAAAAUUAUCUCCUUAACUGAUUCUUUUAUCUUAAAAACAGCAAAAAAUGUGAAAUGCCUACUUCCUGGUCUGUAACGUAGUAGUCCAAUGUAAAGCAUGUGCCUAAAUUAAAUGUUAAAUUGGGAAUAGUUGUUGCUGAGAUGGCAUGCCGUGUAUUAAUGUUGUUGGCAAAGAGCACAGGCAAAAUAAAGAAUUUCAACCCAUUUAGGAGAACUUUUUUCAUCUUUCUCUGCCAAUUUGGUUUUAAAGUUGAGCUCAAGCUCUGUGUUUUUGUUUGUUGUUAAAUGCCCUAUUUAGUUUUUGAAAGUGUGCCUGUAUAUUUCUUUUUUGAGUCUGUGGUAAGCAUGCCUCUCUGUUUCCUAUUAGAGAUGGCACAAUCGUUUGAUUUAUUUUCCCACAUACCCAGAGUCUGCACGGUCUUUGGGAACCGACUCUGAAGUUCUUCUGUUUUGCUCUGAAGGAGAUGUUGAUACUUUAGCUUAAAUUUCUUAUAUCUUACUAGAGGAACAUUGUAAGCCUUGAAAGUGUCUGAAAAACAAAAUAUUAGGAAUGUGUCGUCAGUUGAAGCAAUUGUUCAUCUUUUAAAUUAAUACAAAUGCUUUUAGCUGCUCUGAAUAACAUUUGUUUCCUUACAGUUGGGAUGUUAGUAUACUGUGUCUUCAUGGAAGUAUUUUCUUUAAAUUGUAAGGAGCAGUCUUAUAUAAAAUACUCCAUAGAUUUGUAGUAAUUUCUAUCUUCUUCAGCUGCCUGAACAAAACAAAUACUGCAUUAAACUGUAAUUCACUGUAAAUGUGUAAAGCAUUUGCACGUCUGUGCAUUAUAUACUAACAAUAUAUAAAUAUUUGCGUCCACUGUAUAGCAUGACAGCUCUUCAGCAGUAAAGGAAAUAAAGAAUACUGCAUCCAGAUAUAUCUAGGGGGAAACUUUGGGGGACCUGUAAGAUAGCGUUAUAUUAUAGCCAAAUUACUAACACUUCCAAUGAAAGGAACAUGGGACUUUUAAGCAAAAACAGAUACAACUGAUGUUUACACUGAAGUUUUGUGGUCUUGAUUCCAUGUGCAUUGGGUCUUUGUUCUCUAUCAUAUAGUGGAAAAAUCUAAAGGGGAGUUGGAACCACCAAGCCAUAGAUUCAUAGCUAAAGUAGAAAGACAUUUUCAUGUGGUCCAACUGCUUCGGAUUCUGAGACUGAGCCAUAAUUACAACCAUUAACUUUUACUACAGAUGUGACUCAUCACCCUGAGGGCUGCUUUAAGAAACCAGCUGUAUGUAUAAACCUGUAUUUUGCUUUGUAGCAUGAUGUGCUGGGGCAGAAAUGUAAGCAUCUUAUUACAUAAGAUGCUAGGUUCAAGGCUGUAGUGGGUGGAGUUAGACAGAGUUCUCCCUGCAGGGGGAAAAUAUGGAGAAAAAUCUCUUAAUGUUGAGGUGCUGCAAGAGGCAGAGUAGGUUGGCAAGCUGAUAGAACAAGCUGACUCGCAGGCUGCAGUGCCAGCGCAGUUAAUUACAGUCCUGCAGGGCUGUAGCAGCUGUGUUACUGUUGCUUUGCCACAUGCUAUAUAUAUUGUGCUUCCACAAGUACACUGACUUCAUUGGAAUGGCAGAACAUUGAUUCUGGCACUGCAACUGCAGUAUUCGAGGGGCUGUAUCCUAGAAGUACAGUACCUAGGAGAUUGGACAGUAACUGUCAAAGCUAUGCAGUUACAUAGUUUUAACUUUUGAGAUGGGAACCAUUUACUUCAUUUAUGUGCUAUGCCUAAGUUUGGUCUGGCCUUGUUCUGCGGCUGGAAUUUGUAUACUGCAUGUAAUUUGAAUGCAGAUGUGAGAGGUGCUCUGGAACUUACACGAUUAUUUACUUGUUAUUUGAGAUGCUGCAAAAGGAUAACAUCGUGACUUCAUUAGUGUGCUUGUUUUUAGUUAAAAAAAAAAAAAAAAAACUAUUAAAUACAGGAAAGUUUAACCUUACAUAUGGGAUGCACAUGAUUCUGUAAGUUGAAAAUAUAUCUAUGAAGGAUGCCCUGCAAAAACUAAAGUUGAGUUUAUUUAAAUUGCAACUAGAUACACAAGUACAAAUGAUUAAAUACAACAUAUAUGUUAUGAUUUGUUAUGAAAGGUUUUUUAAACAGUUGUUCAUAAGUAUAGCAUGUGCUUUUCCACAUUACUGCAUGCUUAUUUGAUUUUUGUGACUCUAGACUACUAAUAAUGAAAGCAUCUUUCACUUAAGAUUGUUUAUCUUUAUUUGGUUUACUUUCUAAGGUCUCUUUAAAUUCAAACAUUGUCAUAUCAAUUAUUCCCUCAACAGUGCAAUGCGAUAGCUAAACCUGAGUCUAAUUUGUUCCAGAAGAUCUUUCCUUGUGUUCUGGUGUGUCAUACUGUGGGAUUUUUGCUACACUACUUCUGUGGGCUUUAGUCAAUCUUUUCAGGUAACCGGUGUGCUGCUUAAUAGUAAGAAAAACUAGUAAGUAGAGUGUACUGGGAAUGGGCUUUCCAUCUGUGCAUAUAAGCAUCAAGGCCAAAGUGCAGCAUUUAAAAACUUCCAUUUUCAGUUUUGAAUUUUUAAGGGUGUGAUUACACUUGGUUGUAAUCUGGAAAGUCACUGUAUGGUGGUGGGGGUUUUUGGAGGGUAUUUUUAAAUUUAAAAAAGGAUGGCAAAAUCUGGAAGGAGGAAAGAUAAGUAACUCCACUGGCUAGGAUCUCAGAACCCUGCUGAAAUGCCAAGAUGAACAAUAUCUUAAGUUUCCAAAUACCAGAUGACUAAACCUAGCAAAAUUUUGUCUUUUUUUUUUUUGUUUACAGUAGGUCUGUAGGAGAAGGCUCAUAUCUGAUAGAAAUUCAGGAACUGUCUAACUAAGGAUGUGCUUUACAAAUUGUGUGGGAGUCAUCCUCAAUCCCUUCUGUCUAAAACUUGUAAAAGCUUGGAGGCAAUGGCUGCUGCAAAAUCCUUCUGUAUCUCUGUGAAAAUGGAGAAAUGCCUGCCUGCAUUGUAGGCCUGGUGUAAUGGUAAUGGCAGGGUAUUUACCACAGUGCUCUACUUGUGGGCUGCUGCGGGAUGAUGCCAGAAUAUCACAGCUACUCCAGCUUAACAUGAGGUUUAUUAUAAGCCAGCACUAGGCAGGUAACUCUGAAGCAAAAUUAUUCCAGAUAACAUCCCCGUGAGAAGGUAUUCAUACUGGUGUCUAUAGUGUACUUCUGACACUGGCAGUGUUGCCAAAUCGUGGCCAUCUGUCAUCAUCUCAAUGUUAUUUUUGCUUCUUUCAUUUUACCAGACUUCAGUUCACCUGGGUACGGUACAUGCCUUAUUAACCCGGUUUUCCAUACCCAUCAUCAUUUCAGUGUUACUUCUUUUUACCUAAGGGCACAGAUGUCAUCUCAUUGUGCAAGUUGAGAAGUUUUGAUCUCUUGCAGACGCACUUGUUCCCUAAGUUAUGAAAUGGUAGCUGCCAUUAGUUAGGGUGAGGCAAUAACAAAAUACUCAAGGAGGUUAUAAUGUACUUUACAACCUGUUGAAACCAGAAUAGAUUUCUACCCUAAGAGUCAGCGGCAUGUUUCCUAUGAAAAACUGAUACUCUUUUUCACUUCUAAUUUGCAAGCUUUUCAAUAGCAAUGCUGUGGGUCUGUUUCUCCUUAGGGGUUGAAACUGCCUUGGGGAAACUUCUGGUAGCGUGCAGUGUUAGAUUACGUUAAAUCAAAAUGGGCAUCACUGUGAUGCUUCAAAAUUCCUACAGUGCAGUUACACUUCACAACUUUACAACAAGGCAACCAAGUGCCUCUUAAGCUUGGAGCACAGCAUCAGGCAAGGCUAACUAAAAUCUGCUUAGAAGAAGUUGGGAUUUGGAAGCAUAAAACUUGUUGUCUACAAGUUGUGUAUAGUUUGCUUGUCUUGCUUGAGCAAACUCUUCUUUUGUCCUGGCUAUAUUCUGGUCUACCUCUCUUUCUCUUCUUCCCCUUUGUCCCUCCAGUAAAACUUUGGCUGCGCAGGUUUGGGUAAUCUGCACGACCUGGUGGGCUUCAGCCUCUGGAGCGGACUUGCUUCAGUGACUAAAUUCGUCAUACAGAUGUGGCCUGCUCAUUAACCUGAAUGCAUAACAGCCUGGAGUCCUCUAAAGAGUUCUGGUUGUGUGUCCUGCUGCAUAAUUCAGGCUACCAGGUUGCUGGGGUCCAUUGCCAGGCCAGAAUAUGUUCCUAUGCAGCUGGGCAUGCCAGUAGUAGAUUAGGAAGGGCUUGAAAAGGACAUUGUAUUGGUUUGGUGAGCAUCUACAGCAGACACAGGUGGUGUAAAAGGUUUUGUAUAUGUAGCGUUUUAAGAACAGUGAUGUAUGUUACAAGUUUCCAUCUGUACUAGUUAGGAGUUGCAUCAUGCAUUCCUACAGAUGCUAUACAUUUGCUGUUCUCUGUAGGUGUUUGUGUGCAGUGUUGUCAGGUCUUCAGAAUUAUCCUAUUCUCUUUUGCUCGCUUUGAUGCUAUUUAAAGUGGUUUUGUGUCAUUAUUUACUGUGUUAUGACCGUGACAAGGUUAUUGCAUGUCUACAUGACAUAUUAGGUUAUUGUCAUUCUUCCAGGAAAACACUUUACUUCACGUAGAAGCAAUCUAUUAUUUGAGUUGGUCUUCCAAAAUUUUGACGAUUUCUGGUAAUUGUGUUUUUUUUUCUUCUAGGGGCAAAAAAAUCUGUAACUUACAGUGUGAAGAAAUUGUAUAAAAU